GGUGGCUGAUCAAAGGUCUGAGUGAGGUUUCUGUCCUUCUGCAGGCUGAUAACUUCAGACUGUGCAUUAUGAUCACCUGUGGUCCCGAAAACCAAGAGACUUCUGGCUGGGUCACCCCAAAGCCCUGCCUCUCGCAUCUCCAGUCUCCGAAUACCAGGGACAUGCUGAUGGAGAUGAGUGUCCAUCCACCUGAGGAGCAAGCCUGAGGGCAGGGCUCCCUGUACCUGGCAGGUGAAGGCCCCAUGUGCCAGAACAGGGAUGGAGAAAGGUCUUGCCAACUUUCUGAAUCAUGCUACUUUUACUCGUGCCCCAUGUGUCCUAUUGCCAGGAGCCCUGGGCUGUUUGGACCACCGGCAUCCCCAGGGAGGGGUUGCUGCUCAGUUUCCCGCAUCCCAAUGCCUCUGUGAUGAGCUGGGAAUGGUUCCUUUCCAGGAGGGGUUUGGCAAUGGGGUUUAUGCUGGGGGCAGGACUCGAGCUUGGCUUUUUGGGAAUGUAACCCCCAUGAUGGUCCCUCCUUUUGGCUGAGUCCUUCUUCCCAAACGGAAGAUGACAUGACAAUGCCAAGAUUUCCCGCCUCCGUAGGUGAGGGAAGCACCUGUGGGUGAGGGAGCUGGUCCCUUUCACUAGCUCAUUAAUUCAGUAAAUUACAAAGGGAAAUACAUGCUGGGAAAAGCAAGGAAAAUUCCAAAAGUCAAUCCAAGAGUUGUUUCCUCCUGACACAUGGAUAAAACCGCGUUCUUCAGAGAUCAGCAGGUCAGAAUCCAGGCAGACGUGUGAACCUACAUCAUAGAACCAGGUCUGUGCUGGCAUCCUGCAGCAGCAUGAAGGGAUCCCACUUGUUCCUCUGCCUCUUCUCCAUGUCGUGCUGGUUGGAUCUGAUGCCCACAGCUGGGAACAGAAUCUUCCAUUUUGGAAGCUGCAGGGUUUCAAUGAGCAUGACUGAGAUCAGGCUUGGCUUCACUGCAAUUAAAGCCAACAUUCAAGCCAGAGACCCCAUCAAGACCCUGAGCAUUUUGUCCCACCCGCACUCUCUGCACAAGGUUAAGUCUUCAGAUAGGUGCUGCAUCACCCAUCACCUCUUCAACUUCUACGUGGACAAAGUCUUCAAGCACUGCAAGACUGAGGAUUCAUACAUCAACCGAAAGAUCAGCAGCAUAGCCAACUCCUUCCUCAGCAUGAAGAGGACGCUCAGGCAGUGUCAUGAGCAAAAAAAAUGCACGUGUGGAGAGGAAUCCACUGAGAAAUUUAAGCAAAUACUUGCAAAUUAUGAAGGGCUAAAUGUCACAUCCGCAGCAAUGAAAUCCCUAGGUGAGCUGGACAUCCUGCUAGAUUGGAUGGAGAAGUCUCAGAGAGCAGAAGGUGUUAACAACCCACCAAAGGCUGGGGCUAAGGAAGCUGCUGGCACAUUGCACACACCAGUGGUGAGCAGGAAGACAAUGUGCUGUACCACUGCAGAAUCCCACUGACUGCAGCUGUGUUCAGACACUGAGUGUUUUACUAGCUGGGUAUGCAGGUGAAUGCAUCAGCAGAGCCUUGCAUGAAGGUGGAAAUAUCGAGGUUGAUCAAAUGAGCACAGCACUCACUUAGCUGCCUUCUAUCAAAGGAUGCUCUCCAAGGGAAGAUCUCAUGGGGUUUCUCUUGCUGCAGACAUAGACUGUGAUCGUUUCAUAAAAAUAUCAGUUAAAUUAUCAUUUUUUUAUAGAGAGAAUGUAUAUUCAUGACUGUUGGAAUGGUUCUGGUGUUGUUAAUGCUGCAGAGCACUGCUCAUACGUCUGGGCUCAGUCUUAUGAUGCUGCUGCUGCUGCUUGGUCUGGCUGAAACAAGGUUCAGAGGGUGAGAAAUGCUUCCAAGAAUAGGUCCUAGCAGGUAUGUCAGGCCGUAGAACUCUAUGUUCCCUUUCGAGAUGAUAUUUUGUGCCUUAUCAGUAAAAGAACAGUUCCUACACGAGAUACGUGGUUGCUGGAUAGAAAAAGGUUCAUGCGUGUACGAUGUAAUUUACUGACAGUAGUAAGCUUUGUGGAAAGCUGUUACAAUUACUGUAAAUAAACCCCACCUGAAACUGUGAUGAGUCUGCCCGGAUUCUGAGGAAUUACAU